CUCAAAGAUGGCGUGUCAAAAAGGCCAUUUCUUUGUUCUCGAAUGAUAUCCGUUAUCCGUUCUCCCCCUCACUCUGUCUUGGCUUCUGCUGGUCCUAUACUUUUCCAAACAGGCAUUUUCCAGCUGAAGAAAGUGGAGAGGAAAGCAAUCCGAUAAACCCUUAACGCCAAACACAAAACGAAUAACCCCAAUAAGCUACACACAUCAAAAUCCACAUUACAAUUCUGAAUUCUCUUCUACAACACAUUUCUUUCACCCAUUUCAGUUUUUGACCCACCAUUUCUUCUGGGCAUUUAGGGUUUAUCCGCAGUGGUAACUUCUCAAGGAAUUAUCGUCCAUUCAGUUUGCGAAUAACAAAUCGAUGCAAAAUUGAGCAUUAACAGGACUUCCGUGUGUGGGUUUUGAAUGGUUUCUCUUAAUUUCGUCUGUAGAGUCAGAAAAUAGCUUACUUCGCCAUUAUAUGAGUUUGAAAGAUGUGGGGUUAUGGUAUACAUCUCCUUAAUGAGCACUUCAAUGGUCUUCUGUCAUAACAACUUGUUGUUUUCCAAUCAAAGAUCCACCAGUCUUAAACCAUUAUAUUUUGAUAGUCCUGUUCACGUAAUUGGUGUCGGAAGGAGAAGAAUCAGAAGGUUAAUCCCCAACGCAAAGAAAAAACACAACCGAAAUCGCAGUUGGUGGCAGAAAUUCUUUUUCGAUGAAGAUGGUAAUUGGUUCGGCUUAAAAGACGAUGAAAUGCUCGAAGCCGAAGAGGAAUUCGGAAAGGAUUCUAGCGACGAUGAAGAGGUAUCCGAGGGUGAGAAAUUCGAAGCAUGGAAAAGGAGAGCUGAAGCGAUAGUAGAAUUAAGGGAAGCGCAAGAAGGUGUGCAAAAUGAAGAGCAAAAAAGGUGGGAAGAUUGGCUUCUCGAUGGAACAAAUAAUGGUAGUAAUGGUUCUUCAUGGGUCCAAGAACCUCGUGUCGAAGAUGAUCAAGAAGAUUUAAGCGAUAUUAUCCCUGGAAGAGGUUUGGCUGAAUCUGUUAGGGAUUUGGUUUUUGGAAGAGAAGAUGAUGAUAUAUUGUAUCAAGAUCGUGUUUUUCGCUACGCUUCUGUUAAUUCAGCUAAAUUUUUAGCAGUGUUGAUAAUUAUACCAUGGGCAUUGGAUUUUUUGGUUCAUGAUUAUGUUCUUAUGCCUUUUCUUGAUAGGUAUGUGAAAACAGUACCACUUGCAGCAGAGAUUCUUGAUGUAAGAAAGCAUCAAAAGCUUGAAAUGGUUAAAGAGUUAAAAGUUGAAAAAGAGAGAUACAAAUUUGAGGUAGAAAUUGGGAAAUCUCCACCGAUUUCUGAAGAAGAGCUUUAUUUAGAGUUAAGGCACAAAGCGUUAGAAUUGAGAGAUGAAUGGAGAUUAAUAAACCGAAGUGCAUUUGCUAAUAUAUGGUCAGAUAUGGUAUUUGGAAUAUCAUUAUUUCUUCUUUUGUAUUUCAAUCAAAAUCAGGUAGCUUUGCUGAAAUUUACAGGGUAUAAGAUAAUAAACAAUGUUUCAGACACUGGGAAGGCAUUCUUAAUUAUACUUAUUACUGAUAUUUUUCUCGGGUAUCAUUCAGAGUCUGGUUGGCAGACUUUACUAGAAAUAAUUGUGGAACAUUACGGUUUUGAUGUUGAUCAAUCAGCUAUUGUUAUAUUUGUUUGCUUGAUUCCUGUGAUCCUUGAUGCAUGUGUGAAGCUUUGGAUGUUCAAAUUUCUUCCAAGAUUAUCGCCAAAGGUUACCAAUAUUUUCCAAGAAAUGAAGAGGCAUUAGAGAGAGAAUAUUCCAUGAGGAGCAAUUUGAGCUUCAAGAAAUCAAGAUAUGGUUGAUUUCCUUUUUUUUUU